AUGUCGAAUCAAUUGUUUUUUCUCAGUUUGGCGGAUAUAUUUUCCGUUUAUCCGGCCAUCUUUAAGGAGCGAAGUGGACAACUGAGGAAAACCAAACAAAUCUAUUUGCCCAGCGAUGAGGAGUGGCAGGAUAAAAUGUACUAUAUGCUGCUCGAAAUUCAACGGCAAGUUAACGAAUCCUCCGAUGUCAAUAUAUCCCUCAAGGACAUCGAUAAACGGGAUAAACCAGUCUUUGAUCCCGAACGCAUCACCAAAAUCAUCUCUCCCGGCGUAAGUCCCAAUGGCAGAAGGAGUCGUGUGCUCAAGUAUUGUCAUGAUACCACAGUAAGGAUCAGGUUAAAGGCAAGUGCUCGCUGGAAUCUGCCCACCAUUGCCAAUGCGGCCAAACUGUUGAGGAAGCCGCCAUUGCCUGUGAUCUUUCAGAACGAGCAUGAGAUGAGAUUGGCCUACUCCCUAAUCUACGAUGUUUUCCGAUACAAAACAGUGCUGUGUAACGCCUUGUCGGACAUUGGCUUUUUUGAGAGGGAAGAACAUCAGAAGUACAUUAAGGAUGAGCAGCGCAUUUGGUUAAUGCUCUUCGAGCUUUAUGAUCGACAUUUUCGCAAUCGCAACUCGGAACUUCAUGAACAACAGGCUCAACUCUACAAGGAUUCCGAAGUUACAGAAUUGGCUGAGGUGCUUUGGCGUCAUCGCAUUCGCCUGGCCGCCUCCAUUUCCCGCAUGCGCAUUGGCGUGGGUGCACUGCGUCUCUCCCAGCUCCUGCCCAUUCAUUUGCAGAACGAGAAGGUGGCCAUUGCCGCCGCCAAUCCCGUCGUGACGGGCUGGAUAAAUCCCUUUCUGGUGCGCAACAAGAUUGAGGCGGAUAAAAUACUCACGGAAAUGGGUUACACUGUCCAUGGUCCGGAUGAUGAGCAGCCGUUGCUGGAGCAGCACUGCAAGUGGGACAACAUCUGUCCGCUGGUCAUCUCGGUGAUACCCAAGGAUCGCAGCGAGUUUACCAAGUCGGUGCUCAUGACCAAGCACCUGUUUAUAAUGCAGGAUAAAAACUUCUCCUAUGGUCCGGCUAUAAUGUCCAAGCUCAUGGAUUACUUUCAGUUGUAUGGUGACAUUCUGCAGACCCACAUAGAUUCCCCCCGCUCCACCGCCUACUUGGCAGCACUUUUCUACUCGGUCAAUCGUGUCAACAACUUUUAUGUGUAUGGCGCUGGAGCUAAUCUCAAGGAAUAUCGUCGCUAUAUGGAAUCUAUAGGGGUGAAUAAUAUAAGACUUUUUGGAGAUGCCUUUACCUCGAUUCCCAUGGAAUCGAAUCGUUUUCGCAGCGUUGUUGGAGUUUUUGCCACGCCCCCGAAUUCGUUUAGUGCCAUUUCGGAUCCUAUAGAUUUGAUAUGCUCCCGAGGCGGGGAUCUGAGCAUGCUGGAGGUGCUCACGGAGUCGGAGGUCAGUGAUGAGGGCAAACAGAGAGUGGGCUGCAUUCUGGAGGAGCAGCUGCUCACGUUGACCAUGUCCAUGUCCCGACCUCAGAUACAGUUUGUGCUCUACCAGACGCACUCGAUUGUGAACACGGAGAACGAGGAUAUGGUGCAACAUGUGCUGCAGGUGACCAACAAGCUGGCGCUGGAGAAGCACAGACAGGCUUAUCGGGAAGUCAAGCGACUGGAGGCGAUUGCCGAGGCCGAGGCAGCCAAUAUUCCAGCUGCUGCCAUGUCCAAGGAGUCACCGCGGAAAAAGGAGAAACUCUCUGCCGAGGACAAGCGCAAAUCUCAGCCAGAACUGCCAGCCAAACAGGGAGAACCUGCUGUGCCUGUCGUGCAAUUGCCGCGUGUCGAUAGCAUCGAUUUGAUCUGCACUCCGGACAUCGAUGAGUUCGUCCAGGACAUUGUGCCGGACAUUUGCAUCAACCAGGACAACUGCAUCAAGCACCAGACGACUGGCUGCUUCCUCUCCCUCAUCCGCCGCAAGUCGCUGACCCACCUCAACGAGAAGUACCUCAUCAGCAUGGCCGAGCGUCGUGGUCUCUUCGGGAAACCGGAUCGCGACAAGUCCAAGUCGAAGGCCGUUAAGCUCCAGGAGAUUAACGAGCCGCCGCCGCCGGAUGCGACCUACGACAACAGCUCGGCGACGUCACGGACCGGCGGACAGCAAGCGGUGAGUCACCUUGCAAGUACACACCAGAGACCCACCCAGGCGAGCGCCAUACGAUCGCACCUAACAAAGGUGUCGGCAACACAACGGCAUCCGAUAGCAUUCAACUUUAGGCGUCGGGAGUGCAAACGUUUUUACGUCUUGCCCGUUUAUAUGCACAGCACAAAACAAAACAGUCGCUUGUGGUGGCAAUACGCCUUUAAAUGUGUCACGCGUAAUGGCAACGGCCAGGCAGAUGCCAUCUGGAAUCCGAAUCUGAAAUUUAAGCUACACUGCAAGCGACAGCUGCGCAUCCGUAAACUGCGUCGUGUCAUGUGGGACAACAGGGAGCCGCUCCAUCUACACAUCACAGACAUCGAGAUGAUCUGCCACCUGCGCAGAUACAGCAAGUAAAAGCCAAGUUACUGCCAAACAACUGAGGGACCAACAACAAUCCUUUAACUAAUCUUAAAAUCUUAUU